UAGUAGCGAUCAGCCAGUCGAAGAGUUUGUUUAUUUCUUGAUUCACGGUAAUUUACAACGAUUUGAAAUUUUUAUCAGCAUAAAGGAUAUUCGUAUCAUAAGCGAAAAGGUAAAAAACUAAGCUAAUAUGCUUAAUCAAUUAUUCAUUGUGUUAACCCUCAACGAACUAUUUGUGACAGUUAAUUUUAAUCAUCUUAAACUUGAUAAUGCUGUCAUGACGACUCCGAAACGUUAUUGCAUUUUAUCGCUUAUUUUUUACAUGCUUAUGUAUUACCAAACCUUUGCUUAUAAAGAAUAAUUAUAGCAGCCUUAUUAAUGUGUCACUUACUUGAGGUGAGGGGAAAUCCUCUACUUAUAGAGGACACCUACCUGAAGAAAAGGUCUAUUUACAAAUUUCAUAAAAUACUUAACAGUAGAAAAGAUAAUAAAGACGAUCGCCAAAUUUAUGAACUAGUUGUUUUCACGAGCGGUUUCUCAGGUCGCUUAGCGAGUGAAAACCGGAAAUCACGUGAAAACAGUUACUUUUCCAACUCGAUUAAGCGACAGUAUCAUGAGUUGCGCAUGUGCGAGCUUUCGAUCAAGAAUUUUCAAUUUUAAUUCCGUAACUUUUGGCUAAUACUCGCUUAGAUAUGUGGGUCCAAAAUUAUGGAACAGGUUCCCCAGCGAAUAAACUAGUCAUAUGGUUACUGAAGAACCAAACUAACCAUUACAAUUAAAGCAAUUCUGACUUCGCUUUACCCAAUUUUAAUUCUGCAACUUUUGGCUAACACUCGCUUACUAGACCUUACUAGAUAUCUCUGUCCAAAAUUAUGGAACAGGCUCCCCAGCGAAUGAAGGCGGACUACCUGUACAUUAACACUUUCAAAGCGAACAUACAUAUGAUCAAUCUGAAAUUUCUACUGGAUGAAGAAUGCCGUUGUUUGUUUACAAUAAAAACGUCCAGUGAAAACAUUUACUUAGUGUAGUUAGAUUGGUUUAUCCUUUGCUAACAGUGAUAACCGUCACCGUGCACUAAUUGAACGUCCAAAUUUUAUUCUUGAACCACAGAAGGAAACAAUUAUUAUUAGUAACAAUAUUUUUGUGAAUUACUUUACUUUUCCUUUGGUCGUUUGUGAACAGGAGUUAAAUAAAAAAUUCUUCCUUUUGUGAAUGCACAUCUUUUUAUAUUCACAGAUAAGUUACAACACAAUAUUGCUGAGCAAAGCCCAGAAGAUGUGCAUCUUGUUUCUCUACUUCUGUGACAAACCAAGCCCUGAUGGAUACCGUCUUAUUAUGGCAGUAAAUAGGGAUGAAUUUUAUUUCAGACCAACAGCAGAUGCUAACUUUUGGGAGAAAAUUCCCAACAUACUCGCAAGAAUGGAUCUGAAGCAAGGAAAGGAAGGUGGAACAUGGCUAGGAAUGACCACUAGUGGAAAAUUUGCAGCCAUCACUUUCUACAGACAAGCACCUAAGUUCAUAAAUACUAAUGCAAUAGGAAGAGGACAUCUGGUGCCAGGCUUUCUUCAAGGAGAUGAUAAUGUUGAAAGAUACCUUGAGUCUGUUAGCAGCCAAUCUGACAAGUACAAUGGAUUUAAUCUCUUGGUGGGAAAUUUACUACAAACUGGUGAGACCAAGAUUGGAUGGUAUUGCAACAUUGAAGAGAAACAAGUCACCUUGUUGAAGCCUGGAAUACAUGUCUUAUCAAAUAAAGUGUUGAAUUGUUCUUGGCCCAAGAUGGCUUAUGGAAGGGAACGAUUUGCUGAAAUAUUAGAGGAAACCUCCACCAAACAAGAACUUGUUGACAAGCUUAUGGGCCUUCUGAAUGCACGGCAAAGACAAUUCAGUUGUGGUGACGAGAAAAGUUUCUUUGGAUCCCAAGAUGAAGGUUGUAACAUGAAUUUGAUCCGUGCAAGCCAAGCAAUUUUUGUCAACUUUAAGGAAGUGAGAUAUGGAACAAGAACAAACACAGUGGUGUUAGUUGAUGGCAGUGAUCAUGCUACUUAUGUAGAGAGGACCAUGGAGGAGGGUGCUACCGACCCAGAUGAAGCUCAGUGGAGACUGAACACAUAUGAGUUUGACAUCAUUCAGGAGACUGAGGACUGUUCAGGUCACAAAUCACCCGUGAAUCUUGUAAAUAAUGGAAGCAAAAAUUGUGAAAGUGAAAGAACACUUGUACAGCCAGCUUAAAAUAACUUAAGUUCUACCUUUGAGUAACAAACUAUCAAAAGCUUCUAAAAACUGAAUUACAGGUAAUUGCAGGGACUAUGGAGGGAGAGGAACCACUCUUUUGGUUAGGGGCAGUGGCCCCUAAAGCUUGCUUGCCUUGGCCAGAUUUGCUUGCCCUACCACUUUAUAAUGUAUGCGUCUAGUUGUGAAAGACGUAAUGCUAAUGCCACGUAUUAUUUCCAAACAAAGCUAAACAUUGCAGAUUAUUAUUCCGGCUGAGUUUGUGCUAUAAUAUGCUGACUAGAGCCAAUAAAAUCAAGAAUUAAGCACUUUGACUAACUUUCUGUGUGUUUAGAACAGCUACAUAUAUUUCCAGAUCUGUUAAGGAGGCUCGCGCCAUUGUUCCUGUGCAGACUGCAGAGGGCACCCACACAUCCGUUUAGAAGAUAAAUUUAACAAAUUAACGCCAGUUUUUCAUGCGUCUGUCC